AUGGUGAAUGCAAAUCAAACCGCGUCAGACAGGUUCAUCCUUCUUGGAAUCACGGGUAUCCCAAACUCACAAGUAUUAUGUAUCCUGAUAUUUAUAAUAAUAUAUUUAAUCACGCUUACAGGAAAUGCUUUACUUGUAAUUGUGGUUGGAAUUAAUAUCCGACUCCAGACACCAAUGUAUUUUUUUCUGUGCAACUUAUCCAUUAUUGACAUUUGCCUUUCUUCCACCAUUGUGCCUAAAAUAAUGGCUGUUAGCUUAGCUAAGGACAAAAGUGUUUCACUCUUAGAAUGCGCUGUACAAAUGUACUGUCACUUAUCUCUAGGGGCAACUGAGUGUUUAAUUCUGGCUGUAAUGGCCUAUGACAGAUAUGCAGCGAUCUGUAAACCAUUACAGUACAACACAGUUAUGAACAAGAGAUUCUGCAUACUUAUGGCCACCGGAUCAUGGAUAUUCUGCUUUGUCAGUUCUUUCAUUCAUGUUGUCUUUACUUUCCAGCUGCCUUAUUGCAAGUCCCACCACAUCAAUCACUUUUUUUGUGAGAUGCCUCCUGUUUUAAGGCUAUCUUGCAAAGAUACUUGGCUCAAUGAAGUAGCAAUGAAAAUCUCAGCUGUGUUAGUUGCCAUGUUUUCUUUCUUUUUGACCCUGAUUUCUUAUGUUCAUAUAAUCUCCACUAUUCUCAAGAUACGUACCAAUAAAGGAAGGCUUAAAACAUUCUCCACUUGUGCAUCCCAUCUUGUUGUGGUAUCAGUGUUUUAUAGUACCAUCAUGUUCAUGUACAUGCGCUCUCACUCAGCUUAUACUCCAGAGGAAGACAAAACGGUUUCCAUCAUUUAUACUGCUGUGACACCAAUGCUAAAUCCUAUUAUUUACAGCAUUAGGAAUAAGGAUGUCAAAGGUACACUAAGAAAGAGGCUGAACAGACAAAUACCUGAAAAGUUCUAA